AUGGAGAUCACUCCUUGGCUUGUUCUAUCCCUAGCAUUCCUAGCUUCUCUAGCCUUCUUCUCCGGAAUUUUCAUCGGACGGAGGCGCCGACAACUGAAGUUUCCGCCGGGUCCUAAACCAUGGCCGAUCAUCGGCAACCUUGAUCUCAUUGGUUCCCUCCCGCAUCAAUCGCUUCACAAACUAUCCCAAUGCUAUGGGCCAUUGAUGCACCUCAAAUUUGGUUCUUACCCUGUAGUUGUUGCAUCAUCGCCAGGGAUGGCUCAGCAGUUUCUAAAGCACCAUGAUCAAAUCUUUGCUUCUAGACCCCUAAAUGCAGCCGGCAAGUACACUACUUAUAACUACAGCAACACCCUGUGGGCUCCGAAUGGACCGCAGUGGCGCUGA